AUGGAAUCAAAUGCUACUAACUUGGAACAAGAGAGUCGCCAAGGUGAAUUCCAAAACUACUUGUUUUCACUGUUGGCACAAUCAGCAGGAUCAAAAGCUCAUGUGAAUGCUGUUACCAUUCUUGGCGCCAAAGUCACUCGUCCAGCCUUUCUCUCAAGUGCAACAAAGAAAUUACUUGAAGCAAAGACAGUAGCUGAGGUGAUCAACCUUUCUCAAGACACGGCACAACAGCUAUCACAACUAGAUAUAUUCGAUCAUGUUCAGGUCUUAUUAGAAAAUGCCUCAGAUAAUGAUCCAUUGGCUGUCCCAGAUUCAGUUAAUAUUGUAUACAAGGUUAAAGAAAAGAGUCGAGUGUUCAUAAAGACUGGAACUGAAAUUGGAAACAAUGAAGGAAACAUGAACGGAUCAAUCACGAUACGUAAUGUAUUUGGAGGUGCAGAAUUGUUAGAAACUGUUGCUUCGUUUGGUACAAGAACUAGUUCUGCUUUUCAAUUUACACUUGGUAAACCAAUUGGGGCAUCUCCUGACUCAAGACUCGAUAUCAAUGCUCAUAGAAACUGGCAAGAGGUGCAGGUUUACGUUAUAAGGCAAACACUUUCUAGAUUUGGCUAUCAUGAACUUAGUUAUGAUCUAACUUGGCGUUCUAUUGAUCGUAUGGCGCCUGGUGCAUCAUUAAGUAUCCGUAAAGAAGCAGGACAUUCACUCAAGUCAUCUAUCAACCACGUAUUUGUACGAGAUCGUCGCGAUGAUAUGCUCUUACCUUCCAAUGGUCACUAUAUCCGUCUCGCCAACGAGUUUUCUGGUGCAUUAGGCAUCGGUAACGCUCAUUUCUUUAAAUCUGAGCUUGAGACGCAGUUCUGUCAUCAGAUAGGAGGCAAUCAACCGUUAGCAAACAAAGAAGGCGAACCUGAGGGUGUGCAUCCUGGGCUGGUCAUUAGUGCCACCGCCCGAGCUGGAUUCCUUGCCGAACUUGGUGGCUACCCCAAAGCAUCUACCGUAUCAGAUCGAUUUGUCCUGGGUGGACCGUUAUCAGUUCGAGGAUUCAGAAUUGCUGGAAUCGGGCCUAGAGAUGGACGUGAUGCUCUCGGUGGCAACAUGUACUGGGCUGUAGGUCUCAGUGCCAUAGCUCCUCUGCCAACACUAGAAAGUAAGCCACUUAGGGCUCACGCAUUUGUCAAUGCUGGAACCAAUAUCCCAUGGAACAAAAGAGCAUCAUCUUUACAAUCAACAGCAGAAGCAUUGAGUAGAUCACCAAGUACCUCUGUCGGUUUCGGUUUAAUUUAUCGUCACAGCAUUGCAAGAAUCGAACUGAACUACUGUAUUCCUUUGACUGCCGCAAAGGGAGAUCAAUUAAGAAGAGGAUUGCAGUUUGGCAUUGGUUUAAACUUUUUAUAA